AUGACUUCGUUACUGAGGCUUCCAGGUAGCUUGCUCUUUUCCUCGGAUUCUGUGGCCAACCGCCUACCAACCUUGGGACCGACCGGCUGGGGCCAGUCAUCGCUCGUCGAUAUUUGGUCCAACGCGGCCGACGCCCUGAGAAGCUGUCCGCCUUUGUUCAAUUCGUUGUUUGCUUCCCUCUCCAAGCCGUCACAGAUCAACCUGACCCACGUUCACUUUUCCCCCGCCGGCAUAGCGGUGUUGCCCAUUCCCUUUGGUCCUCCUCUCAACCAUCCCGUCGUACAGCAUGGUCAACCGCCGGUCUUUGAGCACGGUAGCGUCAAGCGUCAAACUCAAGACUCUCUACACGACGUCUUCACUUUCAACUCCCUGGCCGCCUGCGGCGCUUGCUUCUACCUUCUCAAGCCUGCUGCCGCCGCUCUGCUCGCCGACUGGGUGCCAACAGCUGCUCCCUGCUCUCCAGGCUCUCCCUGCCUAAGCCCGAAGCAGAGAUCCCUGGAUGUAGGUUCAAGUUGGCUCCCGCUCAACAACCCACUCGCUCAUCUGCCGCCGAUUCCCCAUCUACUCCGGGGCUUGUUCACCAAGUCCUGGCGCUACCUGGAGCAGCUCGUGGCGCGCCUGCGAAGACCGGGCCAUGACACGGCAGGCGACGGUCCCCGGGGCCCCGCGGGUUCGGCCUCUGGACCAAAGAAACGUCGCAAACAAUCCUCCAGGUCGAGCGGGAACUCCACCUCCAGCGACACGAGCCGCAAAAAGAGCCGCCGUGGUGGCAGCGGGCAGAAGAUCGCCGUCGCUUCCAGGACGAAAGCCAGGUCAAAGGGGAAGCUGUUCGCGUGCCACUUUUACGCCAACGACACUGUCACCCACAGCGGCUGCCGCCACUACAAAUUCGAGCACGUCAAGGAUAUCAAGAGACACUUCACGGUCAAGAGUAGAGGCAAUCAUCGGCAACCCAUCCAUUGCGUCAUUUGCUUCUCCUUGUUCGACACGAGUGAUGAGCUCGGAGACCAUCUCAGAGAACAAGGAUGCCAACGCGGUGUUUGCACGUUUGAUAAUUCCGGUCUCAAUGAAGACCAGAUAGGCAGGAUCCGAGAUUUGAAAAUGUCCGAUCAUGAGAAUGAAAAAGAAUUCUGGUAUGCCAUCUGGGACAUUGUCUUUCCAGGUCAGCAGAGACCCUUUUCGCCCUACUUGGACGACGUCGAAGAGCUCGCGACACGACAACAAGUCGAUCCCUGGAUGGUCGAGGGCAUGCAAGGCCUCAACCUGAGCGACCACGUCUUGGAACUGGUCAUGAAUGUAUACAACAGCAUCUGGAGCGUGCCUCCAUCACAGCCCCUCGUCGUCAGAAGACUCGCGGUACCCCCCGUCACCCCUAUGCCUUCUCAAACCUGGUUUCCUUUCGCAAUGCCUCCCGGGCCAGGCAACAUUUAUUACACCCAACCCCCAGAGCAACCAAACUACAAUUUCCCGAGCCCUGAAUUCAGCUUUCCCCCUCCGGGAUUCGACCCGCGACAGGCCAUUCCCAACCAGAUGAUGGCCGAUUUCCCGUGGCCGCCUCCCGUUGACGAUUCUGCAAUGCCUGCCGACGUGCUUGGUGCUGAAGGAUACCAGUGCAACUGUCGGCGCGAACCAGGAAAGCCUCCCCAAAUUUGUUAUUUACAUCGAUAG